AUGGCGACUACGUCGUCGUUGCCCAAUGGCAAUGGGCCCGUGAGCCAUUCACAUACGACAGAGAAGCAAGACCAAAAAACAGCAAUCGCGCCAGCCCGGCGGAAAAUGCAGGCCAAGAAGAAAGUGCAGGAGGAUGGGCUCAUGGCUUCGUUGUGCACCCUCAUAUGCGACCACCAAAUUGGUAUCUCUGUCAACCUCCUCUCCCUCCUCGCGUUAACACACAUGUUCUUCCCCCGCGCCCGCAGUCGCACCACCAAAUUCCUCAACAUGUCUUACUACAACCCCGGCACAAACAUGUACGGCUGUGGCAUCGACGAUCUGUACUUUGUCAUGACAUGGACCGUCAUCUUCACGGGCGUCCGUGUCGCCGUCAUGGACUAUUUCCUCGAUCCGCUAGCUAGACUCGGCGGUAUCAGGACGAAGAAGGGGCUCGAUAGGUUCAAGGAGCAGGCUUGGUUAAUCGUAUACUACACUGCGUCAUGGUCGCUGGGCAUGUACAUCAUGUACCACUCAGACUUUUGGCUGAAUCUGCACGGUAUCUGGAAAGGCUGGCCUUUCCGCGAAGUCGAGGGCCUGCUCAAAUGGUAUUAUCUCGUUCAAUGGGCAUUCUGGGUCCAGCAGAUACUUGUUGUCAAUGUCGAGGAGAAGCGCAAGGACUAUGCACAAAUGUUUACACACCACAUCUUCACGGUCGCCCUCAUCUUCUUGUCCUACGGAUACUACCACAUGCGCGUGGGCAUUGUCAUUUUGGCCAUGAUGGACCUCGUGGACAUUGUCUUGCCUACUGCCAAGCUGCUUAAAUACAUGGGCUACACGACCGCAUGCGACAUUGCAUUUGGUGUCUUUGUCGUCUCCUGGUUCCUCACCCGCCACCUCUUCUACAUGAUGGUCUGCUGGUCCAUUUACGCCUACGCACCCGUCGACAUGGCCCCCGGCUGCUACCUCGCCGACUCCCAAUCCGCGCCUGUAGCCUUUAUCCCCAUGUCCAAUACCAGCGCCUUCAUUGCCCAUGGCGGCAACGACCCGUGGGGCAACCUCUUGAAGGCGUAUAGCGACCGCAAUGGUCCGAUUUGCUGGAACCCCAGCCUCCGAUACUAUUUCCUUGCCCUCCUUUUGACGCUGCAAGUGAUUUGCUGUUUCUGGUUCGCGACCAUUCUCAAGAUUGUGUAUAAGGUGCUAAAGGGAAAUGCGGCCGACGACAUUCGCUCCGACGACGAAGGCGAAGAAGACGAGGAGCUGGACAGCCAGCAGCCGCACAACUCGACGAGCACCCUAUACAAUCUGGCGACUACGUGCGGCGAAAGCGGCAUGAGCGCCAUGCCGCUCGAAGAAGAAGUGGGUGCCGACCAACUCUCGUUUACAAAGCUGAAUGGCCGACGGACGCUGCGGCGAGAGAGCUCGAGAAGCAGCGGGAUCAGCAUUCCGAGCCAUGCCGAUCGCAAGGAAUUGCUGGGUAGAAUUGGCUGUGAUAAAACCUAG